CGGUGAUUUCGGUCUCUCGAUGAUCCUUGCAGAAUCAGGCAACGCUACAUUUAACUCGUGUCCUAUGGGCAAUGUCCGAUGGAUGCCGCCGGAGGCAUUUCAAGAUGGAGAUGAAGAUGACGAUGAGGCUAAAGAUGAGAAACCAACCAAGGCCUGGGAUGUUUACUCGUAUGGUUGUAUUAUGAUGCAGGUGUUUUUUGGCAAUCAACCUUACGCCUGGAUCACGAAUGUUAUCUCCGUUAUGGGAGCACUGCAAAAGGGGCGCAAUCCGUUCCGAGGCUACCAAUCAGCUGGUAUCGGCGAAGAAAUACAGCAGAUUGCGCAACUAUGCUUGUCGAGGAACAGAGAAGACCGUCCGUUGAUUGGCCAAAUUACGGAGUUCUUGUGGUCACAGACAAACAUUGCGAAGACUGUAGAGACGAUGCUAUUGCAACUUCCAGUCACAGUGACACGAAUCUCGCAAGCAGUUCUCACGAAAUGCGACUAUCCCAAUGGUUUGGACGUACUUGGUGCGGCUUUGAGAUACAAGUGGGUGCAUGAGUCGAGGGAGACUGAGGUCGCAGUCAAGAUUUUGAGGGAUAAUGCUAACGGCUACAAUGACAUGAACAGAAUAUCUAAUAGGAUUUGUCGUGAGGUGUAUGUCAGGAAAAGGUUGAGGCACAAGGCCAUCCUUGCCCUCUAUGGAAUAACUGCGGGUUUUGGAAUUAUCCCGGGCCCAUCCUUCGUAUACCCAUGGAUGGCAGGCGGUUCGUUACGUGACUACCUGAAACAAGAGCACUCCGUUUUACCUGCGAGUCAGAAGCUGGAUAUUCUACUAGAGGUGGCGCGUGGUAUCGAAUAUUUACACAAGCAGGACGUUGCACAUGGCAAUUUAACGGGUGAUAACAUUUUCCUUGACGGUUCAGGCCGUGUGCGCAUCGCAGACUUCAGUCGCUCUGUAAUACUGGCUGAAGCAGAUAGUGACAUGUUCAACGAGCAGCUCCCGGGAGAUGCAAGGUACACUGCACCCGAAUUUAUGUUCACUGGUGGCCGGACAGGAAUACCAAAGCCGACGAAAGAAGGAGAUGUGUACUCAUAUGGCUGCGUCGCAAUUCUGGUAUUGUCGGGAAAGGCGCCGUACUGGUGGAUUUCGAAAGAGAGUCAAGUGCUUUCAGAAAGAAAGAAAAAGGGUACAUCGCCUUUUCAUCCUACUGCCGAGAUUGAUGAAGCGCACCUGAACUUGCUGCAACAAUGCCUGUCGGCAGUUAAAUCCCGUCCUUCAAUUGAGAAGGUCCUCUACUUAGUUUUAGUCCAAAGUUUCGGUGCUGCUGAUCUGACAACCUCGGUCAAACGACUCAAUAAUGUUCACCAGAACGCCGGAGGAUUUGCAAAUGUUCAUAGGUGUAGUCUCUCUCUAAGAGACAUCGAUGCCGUUCAACUAGCGGUUUUCCGCUACCAGUCUUCUUCCAGGUCAACUUGUGUUGACGUCGCAGUCAAGGAAAUAUUUUUGAGAGGCGAUACAGACACGUUGACGAUUAUCAAUCGGUUGUCCAGAGAGAUUAAAAUAUGGUUGAAACUUAAGCACGAGAAUAUCGUUCCUCUCUGGGGAGUUGCAGAUGGCUUUGGCUUUGGCUUCCUCCCAGCACUUCUCUCACCAUGGUUAGAAAAUGGUGCGCUGAGCGGUUACCUUGAACGUGAGCACGAAAUGCUUUCUUACAACGAAAAGUUUGCACUGCUCAAGGACAUAGCUCAAGGGCUUCAGUAUCUGCAUUCGCGGUCAAUCACCCAUGGUGACUUGAGCGGCAACAACGUUCUCGUUGAUAAAGAUGGAAAAGCAAGCCUCACCGAUUUUGGUCUUUCUGCUCUCGUUCCUGAGAGAAUAAGUCAAGUAGCAUUAAAGCCAACCUGUUGCGGAGGCACCGCACACUACAUGCCACCAGAAUAUCUGGCGGUGGAUGAUGAAGGCAAUGCGUCAGCGCCGGUAUUCUCUCCGAAAAGUGAUGUAUACUCUUUCGGAGGGAUCAUGCUACAGGUAUUGGAGGGCAAGGUCCCAUACCAUUACAUCCACAACCAGUUCGCCGUAAUGAACAACAUAUCACGCGGAAUAAAACCCAGAAGGCCACCCAUAUCUGUUGUCAUUGACAGCGACUGGCAUUUCAUGCAGACCUGUUGGUCAGGAGAUAUGGAGCAUCGGCCCUCUGACGAAGACAUCCUGAAGUUUGUGGAAGGACGGACUAGAAUUCAGUCCUAGUUAAUGUUGCCUCUGCACUUGUUUUUUUUUGUCGUGUGUAGAUUAGGAAUCAUGCAUCAUGGACGUCGCCUGGAUACAAUGUCGAAAUACCAAUCGAUCGCUUCUACCACUUCUCGGUUUGAUCAACCCACAACAUUAGUAUGGUACGUU